AUGAACCAUCAAUGUGUGGGGUGGGUCUUUGGAUGCCGGGUCUGCAAGGAGAGGGAGGGGAAGAGCCAGGCGGGGGUCUGGCCGGAGCCUGGGCUUCAGCCUCUUCACCUGCAGCUGGACGAGCUCUCCCCGGCCUCCACGCCGCCUGCUGCGUUCACGACCUCCGAGGCGGUGUCUCUGAGCCCGGCCCCCAGCGAUUUACAAGCAGGAAACGGGGCUGGAGAAGCCCUGACCCACCUGCUCUCCAAGCUGCCCAUUCCCGACAGUCAGGUGAUCACCAUUGACCCCCAGCUGCCUGUGGAGGAGGCAGCAGAGGACUACGCCAAGAAGCUGCGACAGGCCUUUCAAGGGGACUCCAUCCCAGUUUUUGACCUGCUGAUCCUGGGGGUGGGCCCCGAUGGCCACACCUGCUCACUCUUCCCAGACCACCCCCUGCUGCAGGAACGGGAGAAGAUUGUGGCUCCCAUCAGUGACUCCCCAAAGCCGCCUCCACAGCGCGUAACCCUCACACUCCCUGUCUUGAAUGCGGCCCGAACUGUCAUCUUUGUGGCGACUGGAGAAGGCAAGGCAGCUGUCCUGAAGCGCAUUUUGGAAGACAAGGAGGCCAGCCCGCUCCCUGCCGCCCUUGUGCAGCCCCACACUGGGAAACUCUGCUGGUUCCUGGAUGAGGCGGCAGCCCGGCUCCUGACCGUGCCCUUCGAGAAGCAUUCCACUUUGUAGCUGGUCCCCGGGGACACCACCGUUGCGACCGCUGCGGCUUGAGGGGCCUGGGAUCGUCCUGGGGCCAGGCCCCUCCACGGCUGUGUUCUAGGCUUCACGUUAGACAAGCCACAUGGUGCUGACAGGGCCUGGCCACUGGCUCUGCCCAGAUAUUAAAAGGCGCUUUGGCCCA